AUGGGGGGGGGGGGGGGGGGGGAGGGAAUUAUCUCUCUUGUACUCGCGAUGGUGGUAGUGAAAGCGGCUCGGUUGAACUUGUAUUAUGAAGUUGCUAUAUGGAACGUUAAGGAGAGAGUCAUGGGGUAUGUGGAGGGAGGGAAUAAGAGGAGUAGUGCAUCGAUUGGGUAUUUUGGUGAGGUGAAUGGUUCACUUGAGUUUAUACCGCUCGUUGGAGUUAGAUAUUGGCAUGGUGGGUUGGAACUUGGAACAUUAGGGAUGGCGAUGGCGAUGGCGCGGAUGCGGGUGGAUUCGAAGUAUAUACAGAGGGAAUUUUGA